AUGACGAGCAUCAUGUCAGGAAUCAUCCCGCGCACCGCGCCGCCCGUCGCUCUGCCGGCGUCUAACAGCACCGUCAUAGUGCGCGCCAUCGACACCGAGACGAAGAUGCUCGGCAACGCCGACGCCUUUGUCCAGCCGGCCAUCCCCGGCCACGAGAUGCUCAACUUCACAACCAUGUGUUUUCUCCUCGAGCACCGGGACGAGUCGGGCGCCGCCGAGUACGUCUUGUUUGACUGUGGCCUCCGCAGCGACGUUUGGAAUACCACGCCCGACAUCCAGCACAUGAUCAAAACUUUCAUCCCGGGCAUGGACGUGAACCGCGGCGUCGACGAGAUUCUCACAGACAAUGGUUUCAACCUGUCCAAUCUAAGGGCCAUGGUUUGGAGCCACUGGCACUGGGACCACAUCGGUGACGGGGCCAAGUAUCCGUCCUCGACGGACAUUGUGGUCGGGCCUGGAUUUAUUGAAAAUUUUGUGCCGGGAUGGCCAAUAAACCCCAAUGGAAAAGUGCCGGCCAGCUCGCUUGAAGGUCACCACAUUCACGAGCCUGACUUUCCGCUUCAAGUGGGAGGGUUACGCGCACAUGACUACUUUGGCGAUGGCUCCUUCUACAUACUGGAUGUUCCUGGUCACGCGGUUGGGCAUAUUUGCGGCCUGGCCCGAACCACCCCCGACACGUUCAUCCUGAUGGGUGGCGAUUGCUCGCACUUUGCUGGGAUGAUACGGCCGACAGAAUACGUUCCCAUACCUGAUACAAUCCCCGCUGGACAGCUCGACCCUUACUAUCCCCCUUCAUGCCCUUGCUCCGCCUUCACCAUCCUUCACCCGGCGGCGUCUGCCGACGACGCUGCCGACACUAGGCCAGCACCGCCUGAGACGCGCUGCAAGCCUUUUUACGACGUAUCGCGCAGCCCACACGGAGCGUACGAGUUUGGCGAUCUCGCGCAGGAGAGUGUGGACAAGGUCAAGAUCCUGGACGCCCAGGAAAACGUCUUCGUCUGUCUGGCCCACGACGGCGCGCUCAUGGCUGUGCUGCCGCUGUACAACGAUGAUGUCAACGCGACGAUCAAUGGUUGGAAGGAGCGCGGGUACAAGGAGAAGACAAGAUGGGGCUUUCUGAAUGAGCUUCCGAGAGAUGGGAAACCAGGCAGACCGCCUCUGACGGUCGGGCUGUGGCGCAACGGGAACAGAGUGGUCUGGAAGGAGGGAGAGGGCCUAGUGGAAUCAGGCUAG